GAGGGAUACAAACCACUUCAGAGGGUAAAGUGCGGUACUGACCAGUCUCAGUCCUCCUUAGCUUCAUUGAGUAACCGGUUUUGGGCUGCAGGGUGAUAUGGCUGUGGCAAUAAUUGGAGGAUAAAACUGAAUCAUCCACAUAACAGUGGUUUCCAGUGUGCUGAUGUCCUCCAGAAGGAGCAGGGCGCAGGACACAAGAAUGGACAACAGUCUAAAUACCAGAAAAUCUCCUGCACCCAGCUGUGUGUCCAUGAAGAGUCACCAGUCAAUAGAUGAUGUCAUCAACUUCAGUUCUGACCUGAGCUGACAGCUUACCUCCAUAUGGACGGUUUUACCACUGUUACCAGUUUGCCCAGUAGCUCGCCAUGUGCGUCGGAGGACUUGAGACGCAGAGAGGAGUUGUCCAUGACUACAGAGUUCGAGUUCGGCGAAGAACGGUUCCAGAAAGCGAUCUAAAUGAUAGAGAAUCUCCUGCACCCAGCUGUGUGUCCAUGAAGAGUCACCAGUCAAUAGAUGAUGUCAUCAACUUCGGUUCUGGAGUCUCUACUGACACGAGAAAACUCAACAAGAACAAAGAAGAUGAACAUCAGAGCAUAUUUGCAUUUGCUGCGAGAAAGAUAAACCAGGCAGAUCUCUCCAACACACGUCAAACAAAACUUGCCCUAUUGUGCCUGCAACAGCACAAAUCCAGACUGCGAGAGAAAUUCCAGAGGUUACACGAAGGAAUAGCCUAUCAGGGGAAUCUAACACUUCUAAAUGAGAUCUACACAGAGCUGUUCAUCACAAAGGGAAACAGUGGAGAGGUCAAUAAGGAGCAUGAAGUGAGGCAGAUUGAGAUGUCCAGAAGGCCAGACAUGCGGGAAAUACCAAUUCAAUGCAAUGAUAUCUUUAAAGUCUCACCUGGACAGUUCAAAUCCAUCAGAAGUGUUUUGACAAGAGGAGUCGCCGGCAUCGGAAAAACGGUGUCUGUGCAGAAGUUCAUUCUGGACUGGGCUGAGGGAAAGGCAAACCAGGACGUUCACCUUAUAUUCCCACUUCCUUUCAGGGAGUUGAAUUUAAUGAAGGACGAAGAGAUCAGUCUAAUGGAGCUUCUCCAUCAAUUUUUCCCAGAUAUAAAGAAACUCAGCGCAUCAUUCCUUUAUGAUUACAGAGUUAUGUUUAUCUUUGAUGGACUUGAUGAAUGUCGACUUCCUUUAAAUUUCCAAAGCAAUCAGACCAUGUCUGAUGCCACACACUGCGCUUCAGCGGAUGUGCUGCUGACCAACCUCAUCCAAGGGAAGCUGCUUCCUUCUGCACUAAUAUGGAUUACCUCUCGACCAGCAGCAGCCAGUCAAAUUCCUCCAGAGUGUGUUGAUCAGCUCACAGAGGUACGUGGAUUUAGCGAUCUGCAAAAAGAACAGUAUUUCAGAAAGAAGAUACAAGAUCAGAGCCUAGCCAACAGAAUCAUCCCAUAUAUCAAAUCCUCAAGAAGCCUGCACAUCAUGUGCCACAUACCAGUCUUCUGCUGGAUCUCGGCCACUGUUCUAGAGAGAUUGUUGAGUAAAGCGGAGAGUGCGGAGAUCCCCAGAACACUCACGCAAAUGUUCACACACUUCCUGAUUGUUCAGACCAAACUGAAGAGCCAGAAGUAUGACGAGAAUCGUGAGGUAGAUCUUCAAAAAGUCAGUAAGAGUAUAUGUUCACUGGGCAAACUGGCCUUUGAACAACUGAAAAGUGGGAACCUUAUAUUCUACGAGGAGGACCUGAUACAAUGCGGCAUUGAUGUCAGAGAUAUAUCGGUGUACUCGGGAGUUUGUACCCAGAUCUUCAGAGAGGAGUCUGGACUGUGUCUGGGAAAGGUGUACAGCUUUGUGCAUCUUAGCAUUCAGGAGUUUCUUGCUGCUCUAUUCAGGUUCCUCUCCUUUGUUUCAGACAAGAAACAUGAGUCUGAAAUAACCAAUUGCCUUAAGAAGGAAGUGGACAAGGCUUUGCAGAGUGAGAAUGGACACAUGGAUCUUUUUCUGCGCUUUCUUCUGGGCAUCUCAUUGGAGUCCAAUCAGAAUCUCCUGCGAGGUAUACUAACACAAACAGUGAACACAUCUCAGAGUUGUCUGGAAAUUGCAGAGUACAUCAAGGAGAAGAUCAGGGAGGAUCAGUUUCCAGAGAAAUCCAUCAACCUGUUUCACUGUUUGAACGAACUGAAUGAUCAUUCUCUAGAGCAGGAAGUCCAAACGUACCUGAAAGGAUCUCGUGUCAAUCGUCUUGCUGAAGUUAGCCUCUCUCCUGCUGAGUGGUCAGCUUUGGUGUUUGUGUUACUGAACUCAGAAGAGGAGAUGAAUGAGUUUGAACUAAGUAAAUACCAUCAAUCUGAAGAAACUCUUCUGAGGCUGAUGCCAGUUGUCAAAGUUUGCAGAAAGGCCAAUCUGAGUGGCUGUUUUCUCACAUGGAAAAUCUGUUCAGCCCUGGCCGAUGCUCUCAGAGGUUUGAGAGUGCUGAACUUGAGUCAUAAUAACCUGCAGGAUUCAGGACUGAAGCUGCUCUCUGCUGGACUGAAAAACUUUACCUGUAAACUCGAGACAUUAGAGCUGUAUAACUGCAGUAUUGGAGAAGAAGGUUUCGCAGCACUGGCUUCAGCUCUGAGAUCAAACCCUUCACACUUAAGAGAACUGGACCUGAGCUGGAAUAAUCCUGAAGUCUCAGGAGUUAAGUUCCUCUCUGAUGUGCUGAAGGAUCCACACUGCAAACUCAAGAAACUACAGCUGUAUAGAUGCAGUAUUGGAGAGGAAGGUUUUGCUUUCCUGGCUUCAGCUCUGAGAUCAAACCCCUCACACAUUAGAGAACUGAACCUGAGCUCCAAUAAACCAGGAAAUUCAGGAGUAAAGCUGAUCUCUGUUCUGCUGGAGGAUCCACAAUGUAAACUGCACAAACUACAGCUGUCAGAUUGCGGUAUGGAAGAGGAAGGUUGUGCCGCUCUGGCUUCAGCUUUGAAAUCCAACCCCUCGCAUCUAAAAGAGCUGAAUCUGAGCUCUAAUAAACUAGGAGAUUCAGCAUUGAAGCUGCUCUGUGAUCUACUGGAGGAUCCACACUGUACACUGGUCAAACUAAAUUUCUUGCCUUAUCUGCCAAGUCACUCAUGCAAGAUAAAACUAUCAACUCGUCUCUGAUGAGCACGACAGACUGACCUCUGCUGGAUAAACACCUGAACUGACCAGCAGCAUUCAACAUCAGUGCUAUCUGAUGUUUGCACACAGCUCUGAGUGUAGUAUUAAUAUUGUGUGUGAUUUAAUACUGUGAUAUUCAAACGAUACACCACAGUAAGUUGCAAACUACUUUCAGGUAUAAUUACAGUCAUACAUGAAUGUCAAUGUACAUGGACCAUCACGCAAAGAUCAGUAUCAGAACAGUAAUCCCACAAAACCAGUGAUGAGGGUCUGAUUUUGAAAACAGAGAUUUAUACAUCAACUGAAAAAUAAACAAGUUUUCCAUUGAUGUAUGGUUUGGUAGGAUAGGACAAUAUUUAGCCAAGAUACAACUGUAUGACAAUCUGGAAUCUGAUCAAAAAACAAACAUAAAUUGUCUAAAUGAGGUUGGAACGCACAUUACUCAUCAAAAAAUAAAUGUUAAUAUAUUUACAGUAGAAAAUAUCCUCAAAAAUGUUGCUGUGCAAUGCAAGAGAAUUAUUUUGUGCUUACAAAAUAACCCUUUGUAUGUAAUGUGCUCCAGGGUCAUAUAUUAUAUAUACAGCGGAGACUGAACUUGUGAACUGUGUAGUUACACAAAUAUUGCAGCUUGACGUUGGACCAAAUUAUGUAACUUUUUUAUACACUCACUGGCCACUUUAUUAGGUACACCUUACUAGUAUCGAGUUGGACCCCCUUUUGCCUUCAGAACUGCCGUAAUCCUUCGUGGCAUAGAUUCAACAAGGUACUGGGAAUAUUCCUCAGAGAUUUUGGUCCAUAUUGACUUGAUAGCAUCACACACUUGCUGCAGAUGUGAAUCUCCCAUUCCACCACACCCCAAAGGUGCUCUAUUGCAUUGAGAUCUGGUGACUGUGGAGGCCAUUUGAGUACAGUGAACUCAUUGUCAUGUUCAAGAAACCAGUCUGAGAUGAUUCACGCUUUAUGACAUGGCGUGUCAUUAUUCUGCUGGAAGUAGCCAUCAGAAGAUGGGUACACUGUUGUGUGUUGUGUUGUGUACACUGUUAGGCUGUGGUGUUGACAGAAUGCUAAAUUGGUACUAAUUGACCCAAAGUGUGCCGAGAAAGUAUCAUCCACACCAUUACACCACCACCACCAGCCUGAACUGUUGAUACAAGGCAGGAUGGAUCCAUGCUUUCAUGUUCUUAAUGGCAAAUUUUGACCCUACCAUCUGAAUGAUGCAGCAGAAAUGGAGACUCAUCAGACCAGGCAAUGUAAUAAUGAAGUGUAUCAUAUAAUAAUAAUAUAGUAUAGUAUAGUAUAAUAAUAGUAUAAUAAUGAAUCUAAUAAAGUGGCUGGUGGAUGUCUGUAUAGUGGUUAAAUGUGAAAUAUAAUUAAUGUGUGGUGUAUAUAUAAUGGCAAUAUUUGGCUGUAAUCAUCUGUUGUUUACUCCAGAUUGCAAUUGUAAGCUUUACAAGAAAUGCUAUAUGAAAACU